CGCUAACAUAUAUAUAUGUAUAAUAACUAGGUAUACAGAUAUAUAUACAAUAACUGGAGCAUGAUUCAACGGCUGCAAUAACCUAUAUGUAACCCCAAUGUGAACACACGAACUCCAAACUCUCGAUAGGGAGAGUUGAGAUCACUCGCCUUAAUUACGCGCGGUCGAAUAAUCACAACGAAAGUUGGCCGUUUCGCGCUACUUCGUCGUAUAUCCAUUGAUUGACAUCAAAGGCAGCUGUUGCGAGAAGACGAAGCAGACUGAUAAAAUCCGCCACUAUCGUCGGAAGUGGAUCCUCACUGUUAAUUAAUUGUAACAGUGGCAAAUAACUUUUUGCGUCUCGUUGAUCUUAACCAAACACACUUAUGUCAAUAUACAAUUGCUGCAAUUUCUUUCCUUUAUAUUAAUUUUAUUACGGCACGAAUCGGGCUCGAAAUGCUCGAAUCUGGACGUAUAUCUCGAACACGGUGAAUUGUUGUCACGAAUUCGGCAAAGUAUACAGAAUGUAAAGACAUCAAGGAUGCGAUCUAGUGUGUUUACUUAUGUAUACCUACGAGACAAAAUCAUCACGUCGAACUUGUGAAAUUUCUUCUCGUCAUUGAUGUCAAUGAACAAGUGAACAGGAUGACUGAGAAUAUUCACAACAAGGAACAAUGGCAGCUACUUCAGAGUUUGCGAUCGACUGUUGAAGGUCUGCUAAUUGAUGGGGUAUCGAAUGUAUGGAAUAUUUACGGCGGUCUGAAUCGUCUGCACAAUGUGAUGGAAAGGAUAUUUAAACAUGGCUGUCGCAUAUUUGAUCCCAAUGGCGAGCCAGACUGUUGGAUAUUUAUUCAAGGACUAAAUUGGCUUCAACCAUCUUUAGCAACAUCACCAGUGCUUUCAGAAAAUGAGGAUUACUUGUGUAAUUUGCCAGCCAGGAUAACAUCUAAGAAAGAUAUGUUGUGGUUGUACAAAAGUUUGGAGAAUCAUUCCUUAUCACAUAAGUUAUCAUGGCUUCUCUCUGAUAAAGAACACUUGCUCUCUUGCCUCGAACCAUGGGCAUUUCUUUGUCAAGAAAAUCUAGCAGAAGCGACACUUUUAUAUUUAAGAGCGGUCGAAAGAAACCAGCCUGUACUGCUUGCAGAAAUCGAUCCCUGUUUAUUUCUGCCAACGUGGGUCUCACCUAAGUCAAGCCCCAGGCGACAUCGUCGCUCGUCCUCGUAUCCGGUAAAUUUUUCUGGCGCUAGUCGUAUUUUUCCCCGAGAUAAGAGCGAAAGUGUUCUUGUUCGUUGUCAAGUUUCAACGCAAUCUAUAUUGAGCGAAAAGGACAAGAAUAGUGUGGAAAAUCAAGAAACAAAAUCUGUGCAAAUUACCAAGUCCACGGCAGCUAAUGAUGUCACGCAAAGAGUCAAGGUCAACACAUCAUUGAAAACUUGGAACAGUUUGCCUACUUUGGGAAGUUUUCACAAUAGUGUCACGGCAGAAAAUUCAGCCGCAAUAUCGUCGACUAUUCAAAAAAGUAGCAGCAGCAAUAGUAACAUCAAUCGCACUCGUAUUAUCGAACUGGCGGAAAUCAUCAACAUCAAUUACUCGGACUCGAAGCAACUCGUUGAUUCCAAGACGGACAAAACAAAGCCCAAAAUGCCUGUGAGAAAAACGAGGAGUCGGACGAAAAUCAAGUGUAAUCAGAGUAAAAAAACAUUCGAAAAAACACAGUCAGCUUCGAACAUUCAUGAAGAGAUGAAAAACACUAUCGAGGAAACGCGAGCGAUUCCGUCGACAGAUUUACCGGAUAUGGCGAAGUUGAUGGAACAAUGCUCCACGCACAGGAAGACGUCUUUUUUCGUGGGCUCGGCUCCCGAAUUCUCGGGCUCGUGGAGCAUGGAGGUGGAGGGACAAAAGGACAUCCGCACGCCGCGGAAGAGCUUUAUGGAGGACGGUGGUAGCAGCGUGCAACCGAUGGCGACUGGUUACUUUCCACGACCGGCCGAAGGCCAAAGCUUGACUAGUUUUCUGUCAUCGGCAAGAUUCUCGCGCGCUCACGACGCCGAACUGGAUCGCGAAAACGCGCACUUCAGUAUCUGCGAGGCAAUGAUCGCCGCUAUCGAACAGGUUAAGUGUAAUCGAUUGCAGGACCGGCUGCUGGACGACGCAGGCGACGAUGAAAGUGACGAGGAAAUCAAUCGUCUCAAGCAGCGAAUUCGGCUGCGACGUCGACAACGUCAGGAGGAAAAGUGUCGGAGUAGAGGCUGGAGUCGUGGUGAUUUGUUAAGUGACGGUAGGACCGAUACGACUACGACCACCGAUCAGAGUGUCAGUCCGUUGUCUACGUCCUCAAGCAGUCCGUCAGACAGUGUGCCUACUGAUGAUGUAGAAGAUUCCGAGCUGGACGACGAGCGAAAGUUGAACGGCGCGUUCGCUUCGAUCGCUACAGACUCAGUCCUCAGCGAAAGCAGCGUGUCCGCCGAGGGUGUAGCUUUGUCGCUUAUCAGUCGUUUCAGCGAGAAACAAUUACCUCGCGCGAGCGAACUGCAGUGGCUGGUUUCGGAGAAAGACGCGCCUCAGCGACUGUUACCGAUGCCGAAGAGCUGGCCGGUCAGUCCGGACGAAAUCGAAAUCGACGGCUCACGAACUAUUCCGUUGAGAGGAACAAUCGAAUGGGCCCCACCGCGACCGCAGAUCAUCUUCACGCCUCACCCGCCGCCAGUAAAACGAACACUAAUAGCGAAACAAAAUUAUCGAUGCGCCGGUUGCGGUAUGAAAGUCGCCGUGAAGUACGCCCAUCGGUUUCGAUACUGCGAAUACUUGGGUCGAUAUUUUUGCACCGGCUGCCACACGAACCAGGUCGCAUUUAUACCCGGAAAAAUUUUAUCCAAAUGGGAUUUCAAUAGGUAUCCCGUAUCGAAUUUCUCGUAUAGAUUACUGGACCAGAUGAUGUCGGAUCCGUUGUUUCAAGUGAAUGACUUGAAUCCAUUACUGUACAGACGAAUAAAGCAGUUGGACAAAACAAGAGUUUUGCGCACGAAAUUGUUCUUUCUGAAAGAUUUUUUAUUCAUGUGUCGAUUUGCUAACAGUCUUCAAGAUGCGCUGAAGAAGGAGCCGAAUUACAUGAUAAACGAUCCGCACGUAUACUCGAUUCAAGAUUUGAUAAACGUUAAGUCUGGUGUGUUAUCCGUCAGACUGCAGGAGCUCGUUCAAAUUUGUUGCGCGCACGUUGCAGAUUGUGAGUUGUGUCAAGCUAGAGGAUUUGUGUGCGAGCUAUGCUGUUCCAAGGACAUCAUAUUUCCAUGGGAUCUAUCGACUGUGAUCCGAUGUGAGAAGUGCGGCGCUUGCUUUCACACAGAUUGCAAACACACGUCGAACAAACUCGAGUGUCCCAGAUGUGUAAGGCUGCGUGCCAGACGAAUCUCCAGAGAUGAGAAACCCUGACGAACGACGAGGACGUAUUGUUUUGUCACGCCGUUGAAAGUGGAAUACGUAUGUUAAAACCGAUCGUAUGAGUAAAAUGCGAAAAGUCAUCUUAAAGACAAAAAGUUUCACAUAAAAGAACCUAACUAACCUUUUUUUGAUAUUACAAAUUAGUUUUUUAGAUACGUAGAAGACCUAAAAUGUAGAAAACUGUAAUAUAUAGUUUCUCCCCUGAACUUCUCUCAGAUAUCUGAGAGAGAGAGAGAGAUAUUAAAAAGUUUUUUAAUAUUAUAUAUUGUAUAUUAUAUAUUCUAUGAUAU